CUUGUCUCCACUAAUUUUUAUAUACUACUACGUAUUAUCUCUGGAAGGGGGCAAGCCCCUAUAAAAAUUAAUGAUAGAGAAAAAAUUGUCGUCAUGGAAAUGAAAUGCAUACCAUCCAUGUGUGCUGCCGUUAGCAAGUUUGACAAGUGAAGAAGUAAUUAUAAAGAAAAGUGCCUGAGGCUAUUUGUUGUUGUGGUCGUCAUGGAAACGAUGUAAUACACAUGCGCACCAAGUUUCACCUCCAUGCGUGCUAUAGUUAGCAAUUUGAGGAGUGAAGAAGUGGUGUUAAAGAAAAUUGCCUGAGGCUUUUUUCAAACAAGAUGCUGUCGUCAUGGAAACAUGUAAUCGUCAUGG